AUGUCAAUGUCAUAGCAAAGAUUUCAAACUCUAAUGGGUUCUGAUGAUAUUUCACAAUUAUGCAGUGGAUUCAUUAGAUUUAUUGAAGAAAUUUUAUUACCAAUUGCUAAAUAAGAUACUAAGCAAUUUCAAAAUUGGACAAAGUUCAAAGAGAUCAUUGAUCCAUUUAAUAAAAAGAUUGAAUUACAAAGAGUUGAGUAAUUUUUCUAAUAAUUUAAUAAUUCUAAGAUUAAUCAAGAAAAUAAACCACCAACUCCUAUCCUUAAAGAUUAAACUAAAAACACCGUAAACAUUCAAGACAGAAGCUAUUCAAUACCUUAAACAACAAUCGUUUAAACUAUUAAAGAGGAUUAUGAAAAUAAACUCAAAGAAAUCACAGAAUAAAUUAAUAAAACCUUUCAUCAAAAUAACACUCACUUAGACAUACUUCUUAAGAUGAAUAAUUCAACUCAAGAAGCCAGAAAUAAAUUAGAACUAAAUAAUACCAACCAAAGGAAUACUUCAAUCACAAGAAGAGUAGAAUAUAAGAGAAGAAAUACAGAUUACUACUCGUUUAAACCUAUUAAUAUUUAAUGA